UUUCACGUGUUUGUUAUCGGUGUUCGAAUUUCUCGAGUGCACGCCACCGUGUUUGCGUGUUGUUAAAUUUUUCAUAAGGUAGAAGUCUGUUCAGCAUAACUUGAGCCCUUCCCGAGCAACGAGAUGUUUUGAAGUAAAAUGGAGACUAAGAAGCUCGUGGAAAGGCACGAAACCAAGUUUUUAUAUGGUACAUUGGACGAGAACAGAAAUUUUCCCAGAAAGACGCUUGAAGCUGUUCAAUCUAAAAGGAAAAUACAAGACGAAAACGUGAAUCCCUUUUCAUUAGCUGGAGAAACAGAUCCUAAGUCUGAUGAUAAGAGUGCAAGUGGGCUGCGUUCUCGCGUUCCAGCCAGCGAAAGUGAUGCUGCAGGUCGGCAAGAGACUUUCGCCGAUCAAACACCACUUUUGGACGAGGAAGCUGUUUUAUCGAAACAUCAGAUGAUGGAGGAGCAGGCACUCGAGAUAGAGUUGGAACACAUUGAAGUCGAUAAGAAGAAGAAGGAGAAAGAACGGCUGUGCUUUCGUGAUGGGAAGCGGCUAAUCGACUACGUGAUCGUUUACGAGACGCCUUCGAACGAAGAUGAAUUAGAAGAGAAGGAAAAGGAAGAACUGCGCGAAAAAGCAGAGAAAAGGGAUAGAUUCCAGCGAAAUUUAGUGGAAGCUGGGCUCGAAAUCGAGUACGAAGAGGAGGUCACUACGAAGGACGACAAAACCAAGACUCACUUUUGGAAAGUUCAUGCACCAUGGGAAGUGUUAGUCAAGACAGCUGAAGAUAUGAUGAUGAAAAUGCCCAUAAAGGAAAGUGACAUUACAAUUAAGGGCUGGUACGAGAAACACAUUAGAGAAGACAUCCGAGAUAUGAUUGAUCGUACUAAUCCCUUCGAGAUCCACGACGGCACCAUCACCGAGUCAAAGAAUUACUUUAUGGGUUACUUCAAGAGCGAUCGCUUAGAAAUUUAUGUCGGCCAUAACAACAAGGACACUUUCUUUAGCCGAACGGACAGGAGUCGUAUGGUGGAGAACAUCUGUAGUCAUCUUAAGUUUGGCGAACAGAAGUAUGAUGUUGGAAUUAAAAAAAUGAUUCAUGAAGAAAACUUCACUGCAUCGUACCCUCUCCAUCCUGGUCCCGAAGAAUGUCCGGAGGGGGAAUCCCCCACGAACGACAGACAGCGCUUGCGACGUGACUGGGCACGGUUCGGACGUUGGUUCAAGUUCCAGCCGUAUGACUCCAUCAAGGAUUAUUUCGGCACCGAAAUUGGCCUUUACUUUUCCUGGCUGGGGUUUUACACCGUCAUGCUCAUCCCUGCUGCUCUUUUUGGGCUCAUCGUUUUCUUGUACGGUAUCAUAAACGCGAAGGACUUUCAACCCGUUAAAGAUAUUUGCAACAAGUCCAAUGAAAAAAGCUUCUACAUGUGUUCCCUGUGCGACAAUCAGUGCCCCUACUGGUCUCUUACUUCAAGCUGUUACUACUAUAUCGCAGCCCAUGCAUUCGAUAAUGACAGCACGGUUGUCUUCGCCAUUUUCAUGUCUGUGUGGGCGACAGUGUUCCUGGAGUUUUGGAAGCGGCGUCAAGCUGUUCUUGCCUACCGCUGGCACAUGAUGCAUUUUGAAGAUAUCGAGGAACAGUUCCGUCCAGAAUUUGUGGCCACUGCUCCCACGUGGCGGGAAGAUCCUGUCACCGGUAAGGUGGUACCUUAUAUCCCAAAGAUGACGAAAUACCAAAGGUUUGCCGGAAUUGGAAGCGCAAUCUCGUUCAUGAUUUUCCUGGUAAUAGCGGCGGUCAUUGGAGUGGUAGCUUACAGGGCCGCGGUGUUUGCAACCUUUGUGGGCAGCAAAGAUACUGAUGUACGGAAAAACGCCAAGAUUCUUACAAGUGUAACAGCAGCCUUACUGAAUUUGGUUUUCAUUAAUUUGUUGAAAUUCUUCUACGAGAGACUGGCGAUAUGGCUCACCAAUUGGGAGAACCCGCGAACAGCGACUGACUAUAAAGACAGCUUCACCUACAAGAUGUUCCUGUUUCAGUUCGUGAACAAUUAUUCCUCGAUCUUCCACAUUGCUUUCUUCAAGUUGAACCUUGUGGUCGGCACCCCGGGCAACUAUCGGCGACUGGGAAACGGACGCCUGGAUGGGUGCGGUGCUGCAGGCUGCCUCCUUGACUUGUGCAUACAGCUGGUGGUCAUCAUGGUCGGACAACAGAUCAUUGGAAACAUUACGGAAACUGCCAUCCCUGGCUUGAUGAAGUGGUGGAAAUUGCGCCAAGCAAGGAAAGAAACAGCGGACAUCCCUCAGUGGGAGGAAGAUUACAAACUGAGCCCGUUACCAGAACACAGCUUGUUUUGGGAAUACCUGGAAGUUGUUUUACAGUUCGGAUUCGUGACAAUGUUUGUGGCUGCCUUUCCUCUGGCACCUCUGUUCGCUUUGCUUAACAGUGCCGUAGAAGUGCGCGUGGACGCUGUUAACUAUGUCUGUCAAUUCCGCCGACCCAUCGCCACACGCGCUCAAGAUAUCGGAGCCUGGUACCCAAUUAUGGAAGGUUUAGCAAAUGUGUCGGUGUUGGUGAAUGCGUUCGUCAUAGCGUUUACGUCAGACUUCAUACCGAGGCUCGUGUACAAGUACUCCUACAGUAAUGACGGAACUUUGGCGGGUUUCGUGGAAAAUCGUUUGGCGUAUUUCAAUAUAUCGGACUACGAUACGUACAAGUUGACAGGAAAGCCAGGAGAUCAAUACGCAUACCAAGUGCUGAAUUAUACCAGUGACUUCUGCAGGUAUCCAGGUUAUCACGAACGUGAAUAUCCUUAUGCCUACACUAAACAAUACUGGCAUGUGAUUGCCGCGAAGCUGGCCUUCGUCUUUGUGUUCCAAUACAUCGUUUAUUCCAUCAGAAAGUUUUUGGCCUGGUUAGUACCUGAUCAGCCCAAGUUGCUGGCGUUAAAAAUCAAACGGGAAGAAUUCCUGGCUAAGGAAGCCCUUCGAGAAAAAGAAACCGAAGAGGUUGAUGUAAGCACCGAAGCAAUUGCGUAAUGAGCAACUGAGCUACGGGUACCUUUAACUGGAAUCUUCAUUCAACAAAAGUGGAAAAAACUAACUCGAGAGAAAUUAUCCAAGAUUAGUUGUUUACAGACUUGUCUUUGUUUAUUUCCAAUGAGAAUGUCACGUUAUCCUGCAUAGGUACAUAAUUUUCGCUUUCAUGUUAAAGCAAAAAAUAAUAUAAACUACAGGUUUGAUGUGAGGAGGGAUACUUUACUUAACAAUUGGUUCAUGCUUUAGCGUGCACUAUCGAGUUAUGGAGCACGCGGGAAGUUUCGAGAGCACGAAA